UUGUUUUUAAUUUGUGGAUAUAUCACACUAAAAUGCAAGCAAAGAUGCACAUUGUUACCAUUUCACAUGAUGUCUGCUUGUAUUUCAUGUAUCCGUCGCCCACAUUUUAGGCUACAAUUUAAAAAACAAGUAUUUUAUGCCUUGUUUGAGCCAAAAGCUACAUGACGGAAUUCUGAGAGGUGUGAUACAGUAUCUGACUCUAGCUGUUCUGUUCCAUUCUGUGCUGUGGUUUGUGAAAGCGUGAAUUGGUUUCGUCCACAUGGACCAAUUGAGACUGUCAGGCAUCCCUACCUUCUCCUGUCACCCUCCUACAGCGAUCCUCCCUAGCUGCUAGCUGGAGCCGCAAAGCGCUCUGUCGGGGCGAGGAGGCAUGGUAGACUGGUGAAGCCAGGACCAUUUCCAGUGGUCUGAUGAGGCACAGGAGGUGGAGCGUAAAAGAAUGCAGGAGGUGCUGGUGCGGACAGGAGGGGGAAAGACACUCCACCUGAGUUGGAAGGUGCUAGGCUCAGGACAAGGUAGAGAGAGGGGUGCUCUUAUGUGCCAGCCAGGAUUUUCCUAUACUUGGGAGCCCAGCAAUGAGCAACCUCCCAUCGCCUGAGGACCUGCUCAUCUUUACAGGCUCAAGGGGGCAGCCUGCCACCGCUGCAUCCUUCUCUGGCAGAGGCAUCACCCCAGGUGAGGGAGGGAGAGCAGGAGCGAAUCCUUACCCUUGACAUUUCUUCACCCAAGGCUACCCCUUGCCCUAUUGAUGUAACUAACUGGAGACAAUACAAAACCUGCCUUGUGAAACCCACAUAAUCUUGUUCCUUGCACAGUAUCCCUUAGCAGUUGACACUGAUUCAUUUAACUACUAGCACCACACAUGCAUCCUCAUCUGCUGCAUGAAACUGCAGGAGAAUACCAUCUUGGUCAAGAGCCACCUCUGUCUUGGCAUGCAUCUCCCCACCUGGGUAUGCUAGAAACACUCUCCAUGUGACUAAUAGUAGGCUUUAGAGCAGAGGUCGACAACCUAAGGCCCGUGGGCCGGAAGCGGCCCAUGAGGGUCGUUUAACCGGCCCAUGAGCGGCCCACUCAGCGAGUCCCCACGCCACGCUGCACUAAACUGGCACAGCACGACGUGGGGACUCUCUUCUGUGGCUCCGGAAAUUGCUUCUGCGCAUGCCCAGAUGCUGGAAAUUGCAUCUCCGCAUGUCCACAGCACCAGAAAUCGCUUCUGCACAUGCCCAGAGGCCGACAAUUGCUUCCACGCAGGAACAAUCUUCGGCAUCUGGCGGUCUGGGCAUGCGCAGAAGUGAUUUCCAAAGUGGCGCUGCGCCGGCCCGGCCCAUGGAGGAUCUCCGUGGGAGUGAUCUGGCCCAUGCCCGGUAAGCCUUGCCAAAUCCCUGUUUUAGAGGUCAUCAGAGCCACUGGGAAUGGCCCUAGCACCUCAGCAACAAAGGAUAUUGGGUUGCCAGAGAUUUUUAGAACUAGCCCUACUCAGAGUAGACCUAUUGAGCUUAAUGGACAUGAUAGACUACCUUAGAUUCUUUAAUAUCAGUGAGUCUACUCUGGGCAGGACUUUGUUAAAUAUCAACCAUUUUCUUUUAAAAUGGCAGGUGCCUUUGCACUCGAGGCUGAUGUUUACGGUAGGAGAGAACUUUGGUCUUUCCAAUUUCAGUGGCGCCCUCUGAGAGGCCAAAAUCCAUCACAACCCCCCCCCACCUCCAGCCUUCCAUUCUGCAUGUGCAUUACGCCAUAGCUGCAAAGCCCUGCGAUGCCCCCCUUGGCAUGGGGCCCAGGGUGGGGAAACUGGCCAUGCUGCCCUCAAUCUGCCACUGUUCACAGUUGACCAGAAGAAACUAUGUUCCCACAAGCAAAAAACGUUUCUCCAAUCCUGUGCUCAUAAGGAAACCCAUUUCACUUGCUUCAAGUUUUGUGUGAGAAUAUUAUGAACCACAUGGGGAGGUUAAAGGUAAAGGUAAAGGGACCCCUGACCAUUAGGUCCAGUCAUGACCGACUCUGGGGUUGCGCGCUCAUCUCGCAUUAUUGGCCGAGGGAGCCGGCGUACAGCUUCCAGGUCAUGUGGCCAGCAUGACAAAGCCACUUCUGGCGAACCAGAGCAGCACACGGAAAUGCCGUUUACCUUCCCGCUGUAGUGGUUCCUAUUUAUCUACUUGCAUUUUGAUGUGCUUUCGAACUGCUAGGUUGGCAGGAGCUGGGACCGAGCAACAGGAACAGGAGCUCACCCCGUCACAGGGAUUCAAACCGCUGACCUUCUGAGCAGCAAGCCCUAGUCUCAGUGGUUUAACCCACAGCGCCACCUGGGUCCGCACACAUGGGGAGGUUACCUGAGAGUAAUUCCUAGUAAGACAGACAAAAGUGUACAUUGAGCAGAGAGGCUGUUUCGCAACUUGCUGUAGGCGGAGUAACAAUCAUGAACCCACCUUUCGACAGAAUCAUGCUAUGUCAUCCGUAACAGGGUUUUGCUGUAGCAGAAAACCAUCUUUGCUUUGACGAACUCUGUGCCAAAGUAUGCCAAAGGUGAAACAGGGUGGAGCGCUUGUAGCACAGGUUACAGGAGUGCCCUGCAUUAGCCCAGCCUGUCAAAACCACCUUGGAUCUCUCUGAAUCAAGCCAGGACGCAAUGGCUGCAAAAUGGCUGCCGGUGUUUUCCAUGGUCUGGGUGUUCUUUUGGGGCUCAGCCUCCAGUGGGAACGUCCUCGUCUGGCCAGCAGAUGACAGCCACUGGAUCAAUAUGAAAUCCAUCACGAAUGAGCUCACCGCCAGAGGCCACCGAGUGACUGUGCUCCUGCCUUCGUUCUUCCGGACAAUUGACCCCAGUGAACCUUCCCCUUUCCAGAUAGAAGUGAUCUCUACUCCGUUCUCAAAGGCAGAAAUGGAAGACCUGCUGCAGAACAUGCUAUAUCUGAUGACGUAUGAUAUUCAUGAACUGUCUUACUGGGAGUUUUUCAACAAGUUGUCAGACAUCAUAACUACGACGAUGUAUCGGCAGAAAACGUUCUGUCAGAUGGCUGUGACGAAUGAGAAGCUGCUGGAGAAGAUGGAAUCAGCCGGUUUCGAUGUUCUCCUUUCAGACCCACUAUUUCCUUGUGCGGAGCUGUUGGCUCAGAAGCUCCAGAUUCCAUUUAUAUACACCUAUCGAUUCUCAGCGGGAAACACAGUGGAGCGUCUUUGUGGGGGAAUGCCAGCUCCCCCAUCCUAUGUUCCUGCAAGCAUGAAUGCACUAACAGACAGGAUGUGCUUCAAGGAGCGGCUCCAAAACAUGCUCUUCUACCUCUCACAAGAUGUCUUUUUCCAUCAUGUUGUCUAUAAAGACUGGCAUAAGUUCUAUAGCGAUGUUCUAGGGAGACCCACAACAUUAUGUGAAGUGAUGGGGAAAGCGGAGAUCUGGUUGAUUCGCACCUACUGGGACUUUGAAUUCCCGCGGCCUUUCCUACCCAAUUUUGAGUUUGUGGGGGGUCUGCACUGCCAGCCAGCCAAGCCUUUGCCAGAGGAAAUGGAAAAAUUUGUCCAGAGUUCAGGAGAACAUGGCAUUGUGGUCUUUUCCCUGGGCUCAAUGAUUAAAAACUUAACAGAGGAAAAGGGGAACAUGAUCGCAUUGGCCCUCAGCCAGCUUCCACAGAAGGUUCUCUGGCGCUACAAAGGAAAAAGGCCGGACACAUUAGGAGCCAACACCAGACUUUAUGACUGGAUCCCACAAAACGACCUUCUUGGACACCCGAAGACGAAAGCCUUUAUAACACACGGUGGAACCAAUGGGAUUUAUGAAGCUAUAUACCAUGGUGUUCCCAUGGUUGGGAUCCCCAUGUUUGCUGACCAACCCGAUAACGUUGUGCACAUGAAGGCAAAGGGGAUGGCUGUACAGCUGGACAUUCAUACAAUGAAGACGGAAGACUUAGUGGAUGCCGUGAACACUGUCAUUCACAACGCCACAUAUAAGGAAAAUGCAAUGAGACUGUCACGGAUACACCACGACCAACCGAUAAAGCCACUGGACCGGGCUGUCUUUUGGAUUGAGUUUGUCAUGCGCCACAAAGGUGCCAAGCACUUGAGAGCAGCUGCCCAUCACUUGACCUGGUACCAAUAUCACUCCCUGGAUGUCAUUGCCUUCUUGAUCAGUUGCAUGGCAGUUUUCAUAUUCAUUGCUGUUAAAUGCUGCUCAUAUUUUUGUCGGAAAUGUGGCAGGAUUAUUAGGAAAACAAAAACAGAGUAGCUUUCUCCUGGGACUCGGUCAUCAUUCUGUGGCUUGCAUUAUUCAGUAUACACAUGCUUAUACCCCCCCCCUUUAUGAAAACUGCAUUUAAAACUUCUAAAUUUUUUGCCACACCUUUCAACUCAAAUGGAUGUACAAGCAAGCCGAUCUUAACUGUGCUCCAUUCAGCACCUGAGUGAGUAUUGUAUGUAUCAAUGAUGGUUCGCACUUCGAGAUCGCUCGUUUUUGUUUUGAACUGAGAUUAUUCUGUAAACUCCACAACUGGCAAUGUAGCACAGAACCUUUUUUAUUUGGAGGCAGUGACACUCUCUAGGAAUCUCUCAAAAUAUACAUAUUAAGUGUUGCUAAAGUGGGAAAUUACAUAAACAACGUGGUCCUUUUCAAGACUGAGAACGAUGUUUAUUUCUGAAAGCCAGCAGUUAAGGCUUCCUGUGGACAUCUGUCACUUGCUGCUGGAGUACAGCACAUGCACAAUCGAUACGAUCUGACACUAGCCAUGCCUGAAUCUGCUUGGAAUCAAUGGAAUUAAAAUGCAAAAUUUAAAGUCCCACAUGCUGGAUAAUCCACACCAAAGCCAUUCCAAUGACGACACAGUGAUCCAGGGAAAAAAUGUGUAAUUCCACAUCUGCUGAAAUUAUUAAUAUUGCAAUUCUUAAGAAUUAUGAUUCCCCCCCCCCCCAUUGUGACAGAGCUGCAUGCAUACCUCAAUUCAGGAAUGGAAUAAAUGAUAUUGGUGUAGAAUUCAGUUUCCUCAGUAUCACAGGGAUUGUGUGUGUGUGUGUGAACUUUAAAGCAACUUUCGCUUUUAUGUCAGCAACAGUAUGCUUGGGAAUGUCUAGUACAACCUCAGAAGAUUUGCAAUGCUUGCAGUUCAGGUUUGGGUGCCCGACUACCCCGCCUGACCCUCACCAUGACUAGCAAAAUAGGAACGAGGCUGCCAAAGGGGGGAUGUACAUAUAAUUCAGCUUUUCAUGGCACAGAAUUCCAUCACACCACCUUUGUCACUACCACUAUAUCAUCCUAGCUUUUGUUUUGCAUAAACAGGAGAGCUCUCUGUCCCAGCCACCAUCUCACUGUGAUGCUGCCACUCUGCCCAAACUUAAACCCAAACCCUGCUCUGAUCACAGUGGACUUCUUAUUCCUCAGGAGGUUGUUUACCUCUGAAACCAUGCCCCUGUCCAGCUUUUGCAUUAUGAACACACUAGUCUCAUUCAGCCCGUUAAGAAAACGGGCGCUAGAGGUGCGACGGGGACACGGCCUUCCCUCCCUUUCUGCGCUCGGUGGCGGGGCGCGCCAGAAACGCAAUUAAACAAAGUGCUCUCCCAUCGUGUCCCGCGGCCGAGCGCAGAGAGGGAGGGAAGGCCGCAGCCCCGCCGCUCCUCCCACAGGCCAGGUAGGGUUGUCAGGAGGAGGCGGUGGCAGACCAAGAUGGCGGCAUCUUGGUCUGCCGCCGCAGGGGAACAGGAGGCAGAGGGUUGAGGGGGGCAGAGAGCGCGCACGGUUGUACGUCCCGCCUCUUCGUCCAGUCCCUGUGUCCGUGGGGCACAUGCGCAUUAGCGCAGACACAGGGACUGGACGCAGAGACACAGGGACUUUAUUAUAUAGGAUUUCUUAGUGACGCAUAACACCUCGCUCACCCCCCCCAAAAAAAUCUCUUCUUCCACAAUGAAUUUUAUCCAUUUUCCUAGUCAAUGGGUCUCAAGCUUUCUACUUUCCAGGAACUCUUCUGUCACCGAUUUGUCCAUCACAGAAACAUAGUAUAUUGAAGAUGCUCAGGGAGUGCAAAUUCAGUCCAUGUGAGGCACUGUGUCAGGUCAGGGGAGGGAGAGAUGGGGCUUUUUGCCACACCAGUAAUAGGUAAGGGAUCUAUUGAGCCAGAAGUGACCUUUUUAGAUUGAGGCUUUUUUGCUCCCCCGCCCUUCAAAAACAAAACAAAACAACAACUCAUCAGAAGCACGCACAUCCAUGAAAGUUGACUGUUACCAAUUUAUUAUAUAAAAAAAUGGUAGCAAUGUAGAAUACAGCAAGAUUUUGUGCUCUCUCUCUCACACACACACACAUGGUGGACAUUCCAAACAAUAUGGACAUUUUUGGGGGGGAGGGGGUGUAAUAUGGAGGUGGGAGAGGCGAACAAACAAUAGCAUUAACCAAAAUGCCAGCAGAACACAGGAAAGCUGUUUAAAAGGUUAAAAAUUAGAUAUCAAUAUUGUCAUCUUAAUAUUGCUUUCAUUAUUGAACAAGCUUGACUCUUACAGAGGUGGUUUUUUUAUUUUAAAAAAGGAACAACCAGAAAAACCAAGACGUGGCUGUUUCAACACGGACAUACAGCCAAACCAUCACACCCAGUAUUUGCAUACUUGAUAGCAGCAUUUCCCCCCCACAGAAUCAUGUAAAAAAACUACAUGGAAGGAAACAAAAGCAAAAAUAUUAUGGCAGUUGUCAACUGGUAUUCAAACAAACAGAUGAUUAAAUUACAGUUAAGAUAAACACAUAGGGAUCGUUAAUCUACCUUCUUUAAACUUUUUCAAAACCGCUCAAAUGAAAGUCACCAACUCAAGGGUCAAGUUUGCACGUUUUUUGUUUAGCCGAUGGGCAUUUUCCAGUUCACAGCUUACUGCAUGCUUAGAACAAAGAGGGUCAAUUAUAAAUCCUUCUACACAAUAAAGUAGGUAGACAGAGGAAAAUAGAAGUUUACUACCUGUAAACACACAAAUAUACAAGCCUUUGCUUUAAGUGACUGCAGUUCCGCAAUGCAUUAUCUUCUGUAUCUUCCUCUUUCUCCUCUGUCUCUGUCCCGAUCGCAUAUCCUCUCCCUCUCCCUCUCCCUGCCCCGAUCCCGAUCUCUGUCCCUUCUGGUAUCCCGGGGUCGAUCCCGCUCACGAUCCCGCUCUCGUUCUCGGGGUCUGCUUCUUCGGCCGCUGACAACUGCUUGUGUCCGGCGUAGAAAGUCAUCUACCCUCAUGUCAUAAUCAUGCUAUAGGAGACAGAAAUGCAUUUAUAGAUCACCUAAUUUUAAAAAGCUGCAAAGCACAGGGAAGGCUGCUGGUCACGAUAGCUUCAUGCUGCCUCCAGAUCGGGGGUGGCAUGCCUCUUGAAUGCCAGUCACUAGGUAAUGCUGCAGGAGAGGUUAUUGCCCUCAAAUGCCGCUUAAGGGCUUCUCAUGGGCAUCUGGCUGGCCACUGUGAUAAGCAGGAUGCUGGCCUAGACAGACCUUUGGACUGACCCACCAGGCCCCGGAGGCCUCAACCCACCAACAUUCAUUAUGCUAAUCUUUAAAAUAAGGAUCAAAACAAAUCCCGAAUGAAAAACAGGCUUUGCGUUCAAAUGCAGUGGUACUUCGGUUCUCAAAUGUAAUCCGUUAUGGAAGACCGUUCGAGUUCCGAAACGUUUGUCAACGGAGACGUUUGAGAACCGAGGUACCGCUGUAUCAUGCACCUGGAGCGUAGUUUUCUGAAACCGAAAACUCAAACCACAUACAAUACUUCUUGCAAAUCUUCCAAGUCUUCAACAACUGAGACUCUCAAGGUUCAAACUAACUU